AUGGUUCACCUCUUCCACCUUCUCCUCCUCUUUCUCUCUCUAUCUCAUGUUCUCUCUCUAAACCAAGAUGGCCUCUUCCUCAUGGAAGCUAAGCUCCAACUCUCAGACCCAACCAAUUCUCUCUCUAACUGGAACCACCGUGACCCCACCCCAUGUAACUGGACCGGCGUAACCUGCCACCGCAUCACCGGCGUCGUCACCGCCGUCAACCUCCCCAACUCCCAACUCGCCGGUCCCUUCCCCACCGCACUCUGCCGCCCUCCAUUUCUCUCCUAUCUCUCUCUCAACAACAACAACCUCAACUCCACCAUCCCCUCCGCCGCAUUCUCCGCCUGCACCCGCCGCCUCCGCCACCUCGACCUCUCCGGCAACCUCUUCACCGGAACAAUCCCGGAAACUCUCUCCGGACUCACCUCACUCCGCCGCCUCGACCUCUCGCAAAACAAUUUCUCCGGCGACAUUCCGGCGAGCUUCGGCCAGUUUCAGCGCCUUGAGUCGCUGGUCCUCGUGAACAACCUUUUGAAUGGAACCAUAGCGAGUUCUCUCGGUAACAUUUCGACACUGAAGGAGCUUCACCUCGCUUAUAACAUCUUCUAUCACGCUAUACCGAGUGAGUUGGGGAACCUUACGAACCUCGAGGAUCUUUGGCUCGCAGGGAGUCACCUCGUGGGUUCGAUUCCGGUUUCGCUUCGGGGUUUGGUUCGGCUUCGGAACCUCGACUUGUCACAGAACAUGCUCACGGGGACCAUACCGGAACAAGCGUUGUCGGGGCUUAGCAGCAUUGUGCAAAUCGAGCUUUAUCAGAACUCUCUCUCCGGCGAGUUACCCGGUGCCGGAUUUUCCAACCUGACACGGUUGGAACUUUUCGAUGCUUCGGCGAACGAGUUGACUGGGACGAUUCCUGACCAGUUAUGCAGGUUGAAAACGCUUGUCUCUCUAAACUUGGAUCUUAAUUUUCUCGAAGGUUCUUUGCCGGAGAACAUAACAGUGUCUGAGAGCUUGUAUGAGUUGAAAUUGUUCAACAACUCGCUCUCUGGACCGUUGCCGAGUGCUCUGGGGAAAAACUCGCGGUUGGUGAUGCUUGAUAUUUCGUUUAAUCAGUUUUCCGGUGAAAUUCCGGCGGGUUUGUGCGGUGGUGGAAGGUUGGAACAGUUGUUGCUAAUGUACAAUUCGUUUUCGGGGGAAAUCCCUGAGAGUCUCGGGAAUUGCAAGAGCUUGUUAAGGGUUCGGCUUAGGAACAAUAACCUUUCUGGUGUUGUUCCUGAUGGUUUUUGGGGUUUGCCUCGUCUGUAUUAUUUGGAGCUUGUUGAAAAUUCUCUUUCUGGGCCGGUUUCUAAUGCAAUUUCCGGUGCUUAUAAUCUGUCAAGUUUGUUAAUUUCGAGGAACAAGUUUUCUGGGUCGAUUCCUGAUGCAAUUGGGUCGUUGAAUUGUCUUGAGCAGUUUGAUGCCAGCCAUAAUAGUCUUACUGGUCGGAUUCCGACCAGUGUGGUCAAGCUCCGCCAGUUGGAUAGGCUUAUUCUGAGUGACAAUAAACUUUCUGGAGAAAUUCCUGGUGGAAUUGGUAAUAUGACAAUGCUUAAUGAGCUUGAUUUGGCGAAUAAUGGACUCGAUGGCAAUAUUCCAAGAGAGUUAGGAACUUUGAAGGUGCUUAAUUAUCUUGAUCUUUCUGGUAAUGCCUUUUCUGGUGAAAUUCCAAAUGAGCUGGCAAAUUUGAAGCUUAAUUUGCUGAAUUUGUCAAACAAUUUUCUUUCUGGGCCUAUCCCUCAUAUUUAUGACAAUGCGAAUUACAGAGAUAGUUUUGUAGGAAAUCCGGACCUCUGUGGUGAACUUCGUGGACUAUGUCGAAGCUCUGAUGAAAGUAAGAACAGCAAAUAUGCACGGAGUUUUUGGUUAAUAUUUGUAUUUGCUGGGAUUGUGUUAAUCAUUGGGGUGGUAUGGUUUUACUUCAAAUUCCGGAACUUGAAGAAGAUGAAAACGGUAUUGAACAUGUCAAAGUGGAUGUCAUUUCAUAAGCUGGGCUUCAGUGAGUUUGAGAUUCUUAAAUUCCUGAGUGAAGAUAAUGUAAUAGGAAGCGGAUCAUCUGGGAAGGUCUACAAAGUAGGGCUGAGUAAUGGUGAGGUGGUGGCAGUGAAGAAAUUGUGGGGAGCAGAUAAGAUGCAAAAUAGAAGUGUUGAUACUGAGAAGGAUGGAUUUGAAAUUGAAGUUGAAACACUGGGAAAGAUUAGGCACAAGAAUAUUGUGAGGUUAUUGUGUUGCUGCAAGUCUGGGGAUAGCAAGCUCCUAGUUUAUGAGUAUAUGCCAAAUGGGAGCCUGGCUGAUUUGUUGCAUUAUAGGAAGAAAAGCUUGUUGGAUUGGCCAACUAGAUAUAAAAUUGCUAUUGAUGCUGCUGAGGGACUUUGUUAUUUGCAUCACGAUUGUGUCCCACCUAUUGUUCAUAGGGAUGUAAAAUCUAGCAAUAUCUUGCUAGAUGGAGAAUUUGGUGCAAAAGUUGCAGAUUUUGGAGUUGCCAAAAUUGUUAAGGGUGUCAGCCAAGGGGAAGAAUCCAUGUCUGUGAUUGCUGGAUCUUAUGGUUACAUUGCACCAGAAUAUGCUUAUACUGUUCGGGUGAACGAAAAGAGUGACAUUUAUAGCUUUGGUGUAGUGAUUUUGGAGUUGGUAACUGGAAGACCCCCUCUUGAUCCAGAGUAUGGCGAAAAUGAUCUUGUUAAAUGGGUUUACUUAACUUUGGAUGAGAAAGGACAGGAUCAAGUGAUUGAUCCCACUCUGGAUUUGAAGUAUGGGGAAGAAAUCAACAAGGUACUUAGCUUGGGGCUUCUUUGUACCAGCCCUCUUCCUAUAAACCGCCCUUCAAUGCGCAGAGUGGUAAAAAUGCUGCAUGAAGUAACUUCAGUUCGCAAAUCCAGGAGUGGAAAUCUCUCUCCUUACUAUCAAGAAGAGGUCUCUGACAAUGAUAAUCAGGGAAGCAUAGUUUAA